CAGGAUAUCGUCGACGCUACAGACACGUGAUCAGUAUAAAAACACACACGCCUUUGUUUGCCUCCUGUUGCGCAGCGUCAAUUUGGAGUUUAGAUUUGAGGCGCGAUAAUGGCGGAGGCAGACCGACCAGGGAAGCUCUUCAUCGGUGGGCUCAACACUGAGACUAACGAAAAGGCCCUUGAGCAAUAUUUCGGAAAGUAUGGCAGAAUAGUUGAAGUGCUGUUGAUGAAAGAUCGUGAAACGAACAAGUCGAGAGGUUUUGCUUUUGUGACCUUUGAGAACCCGGCCGAUGCAAAGGAUGCAGUUCGGGAAAUGAACGGGAAGUCCCUUGAUGGUAAGCCGAUCAAAGUGGAACAAGCCACGAAGCCCCAGUUUGAAUCCGGAGGCAGACGUGGUCCCCCCUCGUUACAUCGCGGUUUGCCCAGAGGCCCACGCGGAUCCAGAGGAGGAUUCUCGAGUGGCAUGAGAAGCCCACCAGACAGAGAUCCCUUUUAUAAGGGGAUGUCGUCCAGAGGUCCGCCCCCAAUGAAGAGGGGCCCCCCGAUGCGCAACGGAGGGCCACCCCCCAAGAGGCCGGCGCCGUCUGGACCGAUGGGCAGGCCUCCCAUGUCCAGAGACCGAGACCCCUACGGCCCUCCACCACCCCGCAGGGACUCUAUGGGUUCACGAAGAGACGACUACCCUUCACCCAGGGAUGACCAUUACAGCAGUAAAGACAGCUACUCCAGUCGGGAAUACUUGAGCUCGAGGGAGACGCGGGACUACGCACCACCGCCCCGCGACUACAGCUACCGGGACUACCCGCAUUCCAGCUCCCGCGACGAGUACGGCUCCAUGUCGCGGAGCUACAGUGAGCGUGACGGUGGCUACAGUGGUGCCCGAGAGGCCAGGAGCUACAUGGACCGGCCGGGUUCUGGCUCCUACCGGGACCCUUACGACGGCUACGGUAACACUCGCAGCGCCCCCCCCUCGCGGGGCCCCCCUCCAUCCUACGGUGGGAGUAGCGGAAGCAGUCGCUAUGACGACUAUGGCGGCAGCUCCCGGGACGGAUACGGCGGUCGCGACGGUUACCCCGGCAGCCGCAGCGACCCGUACUCCUCCGCUAGUCGCGGCGAGCGCAUGGGCAGACAGGAGCGGGGGCCCCCUCCCCCGCCCAUCGAGAGAGGCUACCCUCCUCGUGACGCUUACGGAGGCUCCGGCCGCGGGGCGCCCCGCGGGGGAGGGCGGGGCGGAAGCAGCCGCAUCGAUCACGGGCUCGCCCGGAGCAGAUACUGAAAUGGGACAAUUUUUUUUCUUUUUUUCAAGAACCAAUGGAGAGGCUUCAAAAAUUUGCUUCUUUUUUUUUGGUGUUCUAUUUUUUUUUGGUUGCCCCUUUUUUUACUUUCACUCAUUUUUGCAGAGGAGGAAACCUAAAGGGAAAUGAAACCAAGAUGGAUGUUAAAGUUCUGUGGACAAAAGCUAAGCUCCCCCACCCCACCCCCCCAAACUUUUGACUUUCUUUUGAGAAGUUAAGUGUUGAAAAUAAGUUGUUACAUUUCUAUCCCCCCCCCCCCCACCCCCCUCCCUCACAUCCUAUAUGGUAGUACUGUUGCCAUUUUAAGUGUUGAGAUUUUUUUUGUACAUUAGUGCUGUUAAUACUGCAAAUCCCUGGAAUGAUGCCUUUCAUUUAUUAAUAAAAGUUUUAAUCAACAA